UAUCGAUUAUCAAGUUAAUUAUCGAAAUGUGUCUCGUAUUGAAGAGUAGUAUUCAGUGAAGUGCGAAUAUGCAAUUAACAAUACGUAUUAUUUGUCUGGCGUUUUUGUUUUCAUGUGUGGUGGGCCAACAUCAUGAAGACAAGAGAUGCCGCUGCGUCUGCCCCAGUCCAGCUGCGGUGUUCAACAGCAGCUUGAGUACGGAUAGGAAGCUUAUUAUUGCUAAUGUGCCACCUAGCAAAUGUGACUGCGAUGGAGUGAUUCUACCAAUAGUAGGAAGUGAGAUACGAGGCAGGGAAGCUGAGUUUUGUCCCCGCUGUGAGUGCAAAUAUGAAAGCAGGAAUACUACAGUUAUUAUGGUGGUUGUUGUGAUGGUAAUAUGGAUAAUCACCACAUUGCUGAUCUACAUGGGCUUCCUUAUGUGCCUGGACCCCCUUAUGAACAGGAGAAAGAAAAACUAUAAGGAAGAAGGUGUGGAUGAGAGUCGGAACUUGUUACUGGGAGCUGAUGCAGAAGACUGAAAAGGAUUAGAAGCACUAGGCGCCGGUGGCGGCGGUGGCUGUACGACGCCAUCUUUGAUAGCUAGUUGCCAUAUUGAAUAAGUUAAUGCAAGGCCAAAGUAGAUUUAAUUUAUGUGAUGCUUUUUUAAACUUUUUUAUACAAAUGUAUACCAUACGAGUUACUUAUAUAAUUGAUUUAAAACGACGCAUAAAAUGCCUUGAAAAUUUACCAUUUAUCAUUCAUAUAUAUCAUUUUACUAUUUAUGCAUUUAUUUUGUAGCUUUUUUAUAAUUUGUAAUCAGUUUGAAACAUUUUUGUAAAGACAUGUGCAUUUGGGAGCAAAGUUAAGUGAUUGUUUGUGUUUAACCAUCACACGUAAAAACCAGGAAUGGCGUGGUUAAUUUGUUCUUAAUUAAACAAGUACUGAAUGUAGUAGGAUGCUUAAAAUUACCGACUUGUAUUAGGAGUUACAUUUUU